UGUAAAGCCCGAUAAAUCUCUAAGUGCGCGCAGGAUGGAAUCACAGCUGUCAGAUCGUCUUACACAGAUCAGCCAGCAUGACAACUGGAACAGCUGUAGUGUUUGUGUCUGUGUCUGUGUGUUUAUCGGGAUCCAGAAAAAACAAGGAUUAAACAAUUAUGAUUUCUAACAUACAAAAGAUAUUAUAUCCGACCCCACGAGACCGGCACGACCCGGGGAGAAAAAGGUCUGUGUGCUUCUGUCAGAGCUGGUUGGAUAUACCAGAGUGUAAUUUUGUGCACUUUCUCUGUUUCCUCCACCCACAAUAGUGUUUGCGGGACAGAGGAGCGAGGAUGGGGACUUGUUAUAAGGAUGAGGAGCACGGAGGGGACACGUAACUGCUCCUCAAUCCACAAUGAACAACCCGGGCUCCCCUGCAGACUGCGUCUUCCAGCAAUCCAGACCCUGCUGCCUGUGUUCGUCUCCCGACCUGCCAUAUGUUUUCUGUUCUGUUUAUCCUUUUUGUGCUGGGGCUCUUUUGGAUAUGCUGCUGGAAAUAAAUUUAUGAUCAUGAACUUGAAUCGUACCUGUCUCUUUAUUUUAUCCACACACAAUAUUACAAAGCUAUUUAGUGGUCAAGCAUAUUGUUUUUUUGUUAUGAUACUGCCAUAUUCCUAUCACAUUUUAAGUAAAUACAUGUUAAUUUCGACUAUGGAUAUGGAGAUAUUUAUACUAAUUGAAUGAUCCGACCUAAAUAAAGGUCGUAUAAAAGCUGUAGAGGGGCUGCGCUGAGCAUCUUUGAUUCAUCGUCCAAACAUCGUCUGGAGGGCAUUUUUUACCAAAUGCCGAUGUCUCGGCGACGUCUUCCCAAUGAGCAAAUGCUCUCCAUAAUACGUCUUGCCGGUGCAACUUUACUCAUCGUGCCGACGUCGGCGAGACGUAUGCGUGCUGUCUGGGUUCAGCUGCUAAACAUUUACUUCACGUUUUAACCCACAUUAGUUUCAUUUAAGCACUCAUAGCUCUUCCCUUUUUUCAGCAACUUUCUUGCUAAUCUUAGCUGUUGUUUACACGCUAUUAGCCUUGUUAGCUACGUUAGCUUAACAAUUGCUAUGGCUUCUUCUGCUCUCUCUUGCUCGGUGUGCCAGAUGUUUAGCUAUUCCUCUGCCUCUUUAGCGACAGUAGUACACCGUACAUGUAACAAAUCUCGAAAAAAUUAACCAAAUUGCGCAUACCAUCCGGUUUGGAUUUUGAAGUUUGCGCAUGCGCAAGAACAUACCGGAUUUUGGGGUGCAGGUCAGUUACUCACUCUGGAGUCUGGACACCCUGCAGGUGCAUGUUGCUCUCAUUACAAGCUGAAUUCCGAAUUGUUUGGGUAAGUCUUUAAUAAUCAUUGGUAUGUCGUAGUUUAACUUUCACCGUGUAAGCCCUAUUUACUUUAUUCAAAUGAUUAUAUACUCAAGUAGUUACAGCUAUGGGCCUCUUUAAUUCGGGUGGUUAAGCUAGCCAUGUGAGGAUGUGUUAGCUUGUUAAUGCUCCUGAUAUUAGAUUGUCCAUGUGGCUAAACAUGAAUCAACUCGGCUCCGGGCGGGGUAUCAGAAAUGGUUUAUCACAUCUGAUUUUCAACCAAGCUUCGGACCUUUAUAUUCUUUAGUUUAUGUGGCAAUGUAAAGACUGUGGUGCUGAAGUGUCUAGACGCUCAGAACUUCUUAAACAUUACAGAGAAAGACAUAGUCAUUUUGGGCAUGGCCAUCAUAUUAAGUGUAUACAUCCAGAUUGUCCAUGCAUCUUUAAGACUUGGAAUUCACUUUUGACACACCUGUCAAGGAGUCAUAGCAAUGCCUUAAAGCACUCUGACAAAUUUAUAUUUUCCUGCCAACUGUGUGGCUUUAGUGAACUUGGAACUGAGCGUGAUUAUUUUGUACAUGUAAACCAUCAUCUAAAAAACAAUGAGACAGUCAAUUGUAUGUUUAAAGGCUGUGAAUACAAAACCAACGUAUAUAGUACAUUCAAGUCUCACAAAAGUCGGAAGCACAGCUUGCAUUCAUUUGUAGAUUUUAAGGAUGGUGUAGUCCAUGGACUUUCUGUGACUGAAACUGCAGAGCCUGGUGGUUCAGACAAUGAGGAAUGCUGUGACAACAGCCAAUCUGAUGUUGAUUUGAAUACAACAAAGGAUCAGACAGAUAUAAUUGAACAAAAACUUGCAGCAUUAUUAUUAAAACUAGAAAAUAUUUUUCAUGUGCCAAGUGCUGCAAUUGAUGAAUUGCUGGAAGAACUUCAGUACUUGUUGAGCACAGCAUCUCUGUGUAGUACAACAGAUGUGAUACAAGACACGCUCAGUAGUUACAGCCUGCAAGUUGAUCAAACUUUCAUUAAAGAACUUGCAUCCACUCUCUGUGUAUCUAAUCCCAUAUGCAAGUCAAUUGGUAAAGGUUGUCCCUUGGCAACAUCGUUUAAGCGCAAAAAAUACUACAAGGACAAUUUCAAAGUUGUAGAGCCCAUAGAAUAUAUAUUGGAUGAAAAAGGCAAAAGAACACUGCAAUAUGUUCCAGUAUUAAAAGUUCUGCACCAGCUUUUCGCAGACUGUCACAUUCUUAAUAAAGUAUUAGACAGUAGUCUCACAUCAGAGGAAAAAGGAACAGAAGUGAUAUACAGGUCUUACCAAGAUGGUUUGUUCUUUAAAGAAAACAGCUUUUUAUCAGGAGGCCAAUUGAGAGUGUUACUUAAUUUGAUGAUUUUGAGAUUUGUAAUCCGCUCGGCACAUCUUGCAAAAAACAUAAAAUCUGUGCUGUUUAUUGGACUCUCAGCAAUUUACCGCCUGGUUCCCAUUCCUCAUUGUCUUCCAUUCAUUUGGCUUUACUGUGCAGGUCUGAAGACGUCAGGAGUUACGGUUAUGAAAAGGUCCUAGAGCCCUUGUUGAGGGAUCUUGUAACUUUAGAAAGUCAUGGUAUUUUUAUUGCACAGCUAGCUGAUCUUGUUAAGGGCACAAUACAGUGUGUUAUAGCAGAUAACUUGGGAGCGAAUGGAAUUGCUGGAUUGACAGAGAAUUUUGUAGGUGAAUACAUUUGCCGUUUUUGUUUGGCCCAGAAGUCUGAAAUUCAGCAGAAAGAAGUGAGUUCAGAUGCGUUUACUCUCAGAAGCAAAGAGACACAUGAAACGCAUGUUAGUUCAGCACAGGGCAAUGUGAAACCAUGUUAUGGUGUUAAAAGGCCGUGUGUUCUCUCUGCACAUCUUUCUCAUUUCAACGUUUGCACUGGCUACCCACCAGAUGUUGCACAUGACAUCUUUGAAGGCAUAGUACCAGUUGAGUUGGCACGUUGUCUGAAUCAUUUAAUGUCCAAAAAAUAUUUCACACUGGACAGUCUCAAUGAGUCCAUUUUGAAAUUUCCUUACAAAUGGACAGACAAGAGUAAUCGUCCACAUUCUAUUCCAAAGGCCUUCAUGCAGAACAAUACUAUUGGAGGGAACGCUCAUGAAAAUUGGAGUCUCUUGCAUUUUCUCCCAUUUUUGGUUGGACAGUUAGUGCCCUCAAAUGAGCCAGCCUGGCAGGUCAUUUUGGACCUGAGGGAUAUUGUGGAUUUAGUUGUUGCACCAGUACAUACUGCGCAAUUACUUGCUUUCCUUGAGGAAAGAAUCUGUGAUCACAGAUGCAGGCUACAAGAGGUGUUUCCAGGUAUAAAACUUUUACCAAAACAUCAUUUCGUCGAACAGUAUCCACAGAUGAUUCGAUUUUUUGGUCCGCUCGUUUGUCUGUGGACAAUGAGAUUUGAAGCAAAGCAUAGUUUUUUUAAACAGGUCAUUCGUCACACAUGCUGCUUCAAAAACAUACUCUUAUCCCUGGCGGUGAAACAUCAGUUCAUGAUGGCAUAUUACUUGGAGUCAAACACAACCAAAAAAUGCAGCUUGACUGUCUCAGCUGUCUCAACUGUCUCUGUUGACAUGUUGCAUCAGGACGUACAGAAAGUUUUGAAACUAAAAUACCCUGAUAUUGCACACAUUCAGCUCACUAAGACUGCAUCUGUCAAUGGAGUGACAUACAAAGAGGGCAUGGUUGUUGUUUGUGACUCUACCGGUGGCUUGCCAGACUUUGCAGAAGUUGUCCAGAUGGUUGUUUUGGAGGGAAACUUGAGUUUCAUUGUCAAAGAGUUUGGUGCUUGGUAUAUGGAGCAUUUUAGGGCAUUUGAGUUGUGUCCAACUUCUCAAGUCUCCCUCAUUCAACUUGGUGCCCUUGUGAACCAGUACCCCUUGGCAGAUUACAGGAUUGGAGGCAGCCGAAUGGUGACACUUACAAGAUUCAUACAUAUACAAGAUUGAAGAAUGGCAGAGCCCAUGAAGCUGAGAGUCAUCGUAGAAGAGGAUGACUACAGAAGAAUUGAUCUCCGCUCGGGAAAGCCAGAGACUUUAAUGGACUUGCACAAAACAAUUUGUGAUGCAUUUGGAAGCUUGUGUACAUGCAAAAUUGUUUGGAUAUGAAUCCCAUUUCAAGGCCGAACUCUCCAAGCACUGCUGGAUCAUCUGCAAGCCCAUCAAGCAUUCACACACCUCAGAGUGUGUCCUCAUUGUCUUCAUCUGACUCCGACACCACCAUUCUUUCCCAUUCAGACAGUGAGCUGAGAACGUGUGCAUGGCCCCGUGACUUCACCAUUCCUCACUUCCCAUACGAUGUGGAGGUUCAGCUUCAGCGGGAAAAUGAGAUAUUCAGAGAAAUUGGCACAAGUCUGAAGAUUCCACAAGGGUUGAAGCCCGACAUCCUAGACAAACUGGCUGAAGAAAUUUUCCAGUAUACAGCAUAUCCACAAAAUCACCAGAUAGAUGAUGUAGCAGGGGCGCUCAUCCAAAAAUUUCCCUGUUUGCGAGAUCUGUCUGCCACUGGAUACUACAGCUGGAUGAUUAGCCUGAAAUACAAAGUGGCUAAUUACUGGACAAAGAUGUGGAACAUUGGAUGUCCUGAAGUGACUGUUAAUGCAUUGAAAAAUAAAUCAAGAGAUGAAUGCUUCCCAGCCAAAAAUGUAAAGAAAGCUAAAAAGGCAGAGGUCAACUAUUGUCCUUCACACCCCACCGGCGAAACAGAUGACAGUCUGGAAAACUUGCGAGUUGAACUUUUGACUGAUGUCAGACAAAGAAGCAGGGCAUCACAUGUAAGAGAGAAGAUGUCUAAAACUUUCUCCUACCAAAGAAAAGAAGUGGUGCAUGGAAGUCCAGGUGCUGGAGAGAUGAAAGUGAGGUGGCCUGCACUUUUCCAUAUUAAUGAGAUAAAUGCUGAAUUUCAGCGAAUUACAACACAUCCACUCGAGACGACCUUCAUGGCACGGUUGGACAGUCUUCAGCCUCAGCUGACAUCAGUUUUCCAGAAAAAGGGAGGUGUCACUGACCAGAAACUAGCCAAACAUCUGCAGAUCUUACAAGAGGCUACAAGUGAUGCUCAUUCAAAAAGGGCAGCAGUCCUUAGAGCACUUUGCCUCUACCUUGGUGAGGAUGAUGGACAUCUGAUCCAUGAGUAUAUGGACAUCGAAGGAAAUGCCAUCCCGACAGACAUGCAGAAGUGGGCCAUGGGCAUUUACGUCAUUGGCAAGGAAAAUGGAGAUCCUGGACAUCAUGAUGACAUCGGAAUUUCUGUUGAUGGAGCCAUCAUCCUGGACAACAUUGGAUCUGCAGCCCAGGCUUGCGCAGUGAUGCUUGGAGUGAUCUACACAUUGAACCUGGCCUACCCCAAGGAACUGAGACACUAUUACGAAUUCAUUCAAAAAGUACUCAUGGGAAUGGAUGGGGAAGAGCUUUCCCCCAAAGUCCUUGGACUAAAGAACAAAAUCGGUGUUGGACUGUAGAAAUUCUUCGGCCACAGUUUUGUUUGGUGUUUUUGUGAAUUGUGGAAUGAAUGGUUAAUGUGAUCUCAAAAGCAGCAUCACUAAGAGUUCCACACAGAUGAGAAAUGCUUUUGUAGAGAACAGAAGUAUUCACGCAGCCAGUGGUGAGGACAACAAACAAACUAAUUUACUGGUAGUUAUAUGUGUUAGGGCAGUAAUGAAGGAUCGCCUCUUGUCUGUUUCAGGCCAACAUCCAAGAGAGUGACAGGAUAUGCACUUAAAUGAAUCUUAUACUCAACAAAGCCACUUGUUUAAUUAUCAGUUCAAUUGCCUCAGUGAAACAUUGCCUUUCGAUAAUAUUGUCAUUUCAGAGUCAGGCAACCUGUGUUUUGUUUUCCUGAUGUGGCCCACUGUGUAUGGUUUGGGUUUUGAAUGUUGCUGAAAGUUUUGUUUUUCUCUGGGUAUUGUUCUCAAUUGGAGGCAUAGGUAUAUUUUUGCAAAAAAGCUGUAAAGUAAGCUCUAUAAAGGGUAACUACCACUUUACAUGUAAAAGGGAUAGAACUAUUCUGCUGCCUAGUCUCUGAUCAGGACACUACACAAAAGUGUCAGAGUUUAUAUUGUUCAUUCCAUCCUUAUGGUUAUGGUUAUGGUUGACAGUAUCUGAUUAGCGGGUUUCUGCUUCCUUGUGUUUGAUCUCUUUAGUAGAGGCUUUUAAAAUGUAAGGGUUAAAAGCUAAAACAAGUAUUGUUGUUUAUGCACUUUGCAUUUCACAGGUUCUUGUCUUAUAAGAAGUAUUGUACAUGUUGAGGGCAAGCGUUGCCUUCUGUCUUGUCGCAUAUCAGGAGACUUCCCUUAACAUGUGUCAGUUGUAUUUUACAGUUUUUCAUGUUAGAAAAAUAUUCUUGGGUCAUUAGACUGCUCUGAUGUGAGAUGUUAAAUAUUUGUACCAUAUUAAAGUUGGUUGUCUAAACACAUUUUGUGGUUCUGUGUGAUGUAUGAUAGCUAAAAAUUU